GGACAGUCGACGCGCGAGCUUUCCCGGGAACAGAAGUUGCCGACAGUGGUAUAAUCGAAAAGAGAAGAGAAGUCGAGAAAGGGGUUGACGUGACAAAAAAAAAAAAACGAAGGAUAAGAGUCAGUUUCCACACGUUACGAUUAUAAAAGGCGCGACAUCUACUUAUCCACAGACUUGCCGGAGGAGACGCGCUACGUAAGGUCUAAGUGAUUUUUUUUGAAGCUUGCCGCACACACAGUGUAGAGUUACGAAAAUGGUGUCCGGCGGCAUGGCUUGCGUGAAAUACGUGCUGUUCUUCUUCAAUUUGAUAUUCGCGAUAACCGGUAUCGUAUUUAUUUCGGUGGGAGCGGUAAUUCUAGUUGCUUACAGCGGAUACAACAACUUCGUGGACAGUUGGUUCUUCGCAGCACCGGUUUUAAUGAUAAUAGUUGGCGUUAUAGUCUUCCUCGUGUCAUUCUUUGGAUGUUGCGGCGCCGUAAAGGAAAAUCACUGCAUGAUAAUUACGUUUUCAGUUCUGUUGAUGCUGAUGUUCGCUCUGGAAUUAGGCGCUGGAAUCACAGGUUACAUGAUGAGAGGAGAAGUUGGCAACAUGUUGGAAAACCGUUUGAAUGAUACCUUACGAGAAUACAAUACCAAAGAAGAUGUUCGCCGUUCAUGGGAUAUCAUGCAGCACGAUCUACAAUGUUGCGGUAUGAACGGUCCUGCGGAUUGGCCUAAGAUUGGUUUCCCGAACAACAACGUUCCCGAUACUUGCUGUAACGAGAUACCCGCACAGAGCAAGUGCGAUUUGAAUUCGAUUCAUAUUCACGAUGAAGGUUGCAUUGGGAAAUUGAAGUCUGCAAUAGAAAAUAACGCUCUGAUCUUGGGAGGAGUAGGCAUAGGCAUAGCUCUCAUACAAUUCAUUGGAGUAAUUUUCGCGUGCUGUCUGGCUCGCUCAAUUCGCCGCGAAUAUGAGACUGUCGAAACCACAGCACACUGAUCUGCCAUCAGUUAGGAGGCAUUUCAUAAUAUAUUGUUCAUCAUACACAUUGGUUGAUAAAUACUUGUAGAUUCAUUACUACCGUAAUCUCAUCCUUAUUAUGCUUACAAAUAUAUAUCCAAAGAGGAAUGAUGUCACAAGCAUUUAUUGUGUACAGUGUGAUAAUUUUUAAGUUAGACAUCUCGAUGUGUGUAAUACAUGUUUGGUAAUAACAAUGCAAUAUUAUGUACACUUUUGAAUAGAAAAAUGCAAAAAAAGUGGCAUUUCUAUUUUUCGUGUAGAAGCAUUUCUUCGUAAAAGACGAGAAAGAAACGUCGUCGUGUUUGUAUUAUUAAAUGUAACACCAAAUUACUGCCAAUAUCUGCCAAAAUACAUAUCACACAUCAUAAAAAGCAAGAAAAAAGACUAGUCAAAAAUAUGUACGCGAAUCCGUUUACCAGCCAGAGAUUUUACUAAUAGAAUUGAUUUUGGUAUACGUAAUAAGGUGCUUGUUAAAUAUGUUAUGUGCCAUGUAUGUUUGACACGUUUAUUUUUUUUUUCAUAUGAAAUACGUUUACAUAUGAAAUUCGGUAAUCUUUCGUGCGUUACACGUAUUCAAUCCGUAAUCAUUGUAGGCUAAUAGUAUACAAAGCGUAGCCAUCAUUCCUCUUAGUUUUUGCCAGAGAGAUUUACAAAAAAAAAAAAAGAAGAAACAAACAAAAACCAUUUCUGCUAAUCUUCCUCAGAGUGCAGAAUCAACAAAAUGUGUAGUAAUUACUUACGGAUACAAACUUACGUUCUGGUAUGAAUUUGACAUACUAUCAAAAAAAAAAAAAAAAACAUAUUUGCG